AUGUCUAACACAACAGCUACGACCCGAGGAACGACUAAGCAGUCUCGAGAAGGACGAGGAGGACGCAGCGGAAAUCGAGGCAGAGGGCGUGGAAGUAAUCCGGGUGCAGUGACAGCAGAUGUACCAUCGGAGAACAGGGAUAUCGCCAAUGCAGAGGCAGAAAAGGGAGAAGAAGAACCGGUGUUCUGGAUCUGCGCAGAGCCAAUCAAGUACUAUCCUGUAUUGGCCUGUAAUCAUCACACUUGGCACGUAUGCGCUCCUCGACUUCGAGCGUUGUACAAGAAGAAGGAUUGCACAUUUUGUAAGGAGCCUCAACCAACUGUCAUUCUCACAGUUUCUGAAGAUCGGCAGUUUUCUGAAUACAACACGGAUGAAAUUGGUUUAUAA